AUGGCUACAGGUGAUUGGAACCAAAUUCUGAGUGAGGAAGAUAAGCAAGGAGGUGCACCAUUUAUUGAAAGUGAAGUUGAACCUUUCAAGAGGCUCCUUGUGAGAUCAGAAGUAAGGGAUUUUGUCUAUCAACGAGAAAAAUUUACUUGGAAUAACCAUAGAGGUGGUUCUGAAAAUAUCCAAGAAAGAUUGGAUAAGGCUUUUAUCAAUGUUGAAUGGAAAAAUCAAUUCAUAGAUUCCUCUCUUAAUGUCUUGAUCCCAGUAGGAUCAAACCAUUGUCCACUAUUGUUGAACAUGGAAGGAAAAAUUAUAAACAACUCUACUUCCUAUUUCAAGUUUUUUGAUACCUGGUUGAAAGAGCAAUCUUGUUUAGAUUUAAUUAACUCUUGCCGGAAUCGGGAUCUUUCAGAUCCAACGGGUUCAAUGAUUUUUAAUCUGCAAAAUCUAAGAGACCAACUAAUCUUUUGGAGAAAAAAUGUUUGUGGCUUACCUACUAAGAAAAUUAAAAAGUUGUUGUCUGAACUUGAAAAACUUAAUAAGCAAAAGCUGAACAGGAACAUUCAACAGAAAAUAAAUUCAAAAAUGUUAAGGAGGAGCGUUCCAUUGACAGGCUCCAGGAUCAACACGGUAUCACCUCCAUCAUAG